GGGUCUGAAAAAACACGCACCACGUUUCUAUGCUCCAUGUUUAUUGUUCAAACUAGAUUUGGUUUAUCCAUUUGCAAACAUUAACAUCAUCAUCAUCACAUGACACAAUAUUACAUCCUUGGAUAUGCCUAGUAUGGCUUCCCCUCUCCACCUUCCACUUUAUUCUACUUGUGGUAAAAUUCCUUCUUUUACUGCUCCUCAAGCCAUUUCUAUUAGAAAAUUUGUUCUUAAAGUUAAGUGCUCAGAAACAAGGGAAUGCACUGCUAAUGCUAAUGAUAAUGCUGUGUUUAAUACCGAGUCACGUAGAGACUUUCUUGGAUUAGCAUUAGGAGUCUCUACUACACUCUUCAUCCAUUCAUUUGAUGCUGCCAAUGGAGCUGGUUUGCCACCAGAAGAAAAACCAAAAUUAUGCGACGACACUUGUGAGAAAGAGCUUGAAAAUGUACCUAUUGUAACUACUGAAUCAGGUUUGCAAUACAAGGAUAUUAAAGUUGGGCAAGGCCCUAGUCCACCAGUUGGAUUUCAGGUGGCUGCUAAUUAUGUUGCAAUGGUUCCAUCUGGACAAAUAUUUGAUAGUUCAUUGGAGAAAGGCCAGCUUUACAUUUUUCGUGUUGGAUCGGGUCAGGUGAUAAAAGGACUUGAUGAAGGUCUUUUGAGCAUGAAAGUAGGAGGAAAACGUCGGCUGUACAUACCUGGACCAUUGGCAUUCCCAAAAGGACUUAAUUCUGCUCCAGGAAGACCAAGAGUGGCUCCAAACAGUCCGGUAGUAUUUGAUGUAAGUUUGGAAUAUGUACCAGGACUUGAAGUGGAUGAUGAGGAAAAAUUUGGUUGUCGAUUCAACCUUGAUUGUACACAGUCAACCUAAAUUUAAUUUAUCACCAUCACUAUCAUUAUCUUAUACAAUUGUUAAUUCUUUUGAGUACCCUUGAAACUUACAGCUAUGUAGAGUAAUGUUUGAAAUUUACGAUGUCAAGUAUAUUAAACCUGAA